UUUUGUUUUCUAGUCUGCGAGAAACAGAAACUCAACAGGAAGACUGCGGAGACCAGAAAUGGAGGGGGCCUUCCAGGCAUGCAGGAACUGCAAAAGAAGCAUGGCCCCUGCCCACUUGGCCCUCCACGAGGCCCACUGCCUGCUGUUCCUGGUCCUCUGCCCGGAGUGCAAGGGACCCGUCCCCCCGGCAAAGAAGGAAGAGCAUUGUGAGAACGGGCACCAGCAGGCCACGGAAUGCCCGGACCGCCCUGUUGAGUGUAAGUUCUGUAAGCUGGCCGUGCGCCUCAGUAAGUUGGAGAUCCACGAGCACCACUGCGGCAACCGGACAGAGCUCUGCCUACACUGCGGCCAGCCCAUCAUGCUCCAAGAGCUGGCCCAGCACACAGACGUGUGUCGGGGUGAACAGGCCCAGCUCAGGAAAGGGAAGAGAAUUUCAGCUCCUGAAAGCAAAAUCUACUGUCAUUAUUGCAACCAAAAGAUUCCAGGAAAUAAGUAUUUCCACCAUAUGGAUCAAUGUCGUACAGUCUCAGAGUCUGUGAAAUAUUUUCCAGUUGGAGAGCCAAGAAUUCCUCCUCCAUCCCUUCCGAGUCAGGCUGUUGGAGAUCAAACUUCCACGGCAGAGAAAGAUGUCCGUCCAAAGAUGAAAACUAUAAACAGAUUUCCUCCUCUUUCUGAAAAGUCAACAAAGCAAGCACCAAGAGGCACAAACAAAGCUCUGGAUCGGCCUUGGAAGUCUGAGCGCAAGCCCAGGAGCAGCUCUCCUGUAGAAGACGAGGCAGCCUAUGACAUGCUGAGGAGAUGUUCUCAGUGUGGUAUCCUACUUCCCCUGCCAACCCUGAACCAACAUCAGGAGAAAUGCCGGUUGUUAGCUGCAUCAAAAGGAAAGCAAGCGAGAAGUUCCAGCUAGAUCUGGAAAAGAAAAGAGAUGUUGGUUUGCCCGAGAGCUACAGAUAAACGAGGAGA